CACACUAACCUGUAUGGAGAAACCAGCACACGGAUGUCAGUGAUGGGCUGUGCGGGAUGGAAACUCUUUUGGCUGAUUUUCUUGGUUUCCACUUUUUCCCACUAUGGCGCAGUUCGGGUGACAGUAAGGGAGUCCAGUGUAGAAGUGAUACAGGGGGAAUCUGCUCCACUGCCUUGUUCUUUCUUCACUUUGAUGCCGCUGUUUCGCCUCAGCAUCAUCUGGACCCUGACUCCCCUUUCUGAUCCUGACUCCCCCACACAGGUGAUUGUGUAUGAUCACGGGCAGGUAAUCGAGAGCCCCUCCUUCAUGGGCAGGGUGGGGUUCGUUGGCAUGCCCUGGAGUGCUGACAUCUUCCUGAAUGACACGCGGGUGUCUGAUGCUGGAGUCUAUCGAUGUGUGGUCAGCAACCCACCUGAGACAGGAGACCCUGGCAUUGGAGAACUCAGCCUGACAGUGCUGGCACCUCCAUCUCUACCCAUGUGCCUGUGGGAAGGAGACACUGAUACCGGGGGCAAUGUGAAACUCUCCUGUGUGGUGUUAGAGGGCUUUCCUGCACCACAGUUGAUCUGGGAAAAGGUUGAACCUGAUCAGAUCAUCCUACCAGUGAACAUGGAUGGUGGCAUGAUGGGUUCUGUGCAGAUUUCCAAUGUGUCUGCGGAGGCCUCUGGUCUCUACCGCUGCUCUGUGUCCAACCCGCUAGGAACCCAGCACUGCUACAUUAACCUGUCUGUGUAUAGCCCGCCAAAUAACACCCCAGGAACACUGCAGGGGGUGUUAUUGAGUCUGUCUAUGGCACUGCUCCAGCUGGCUCUGGUGAUGCUGGGGAUGUGGCUCCACCGCUCGGCACGGGAGACCAAAUGGAGGGACAGCCACGAGGAAGACGAGUGUCAUAAUGAGAUCAAAUACACGCCGUCUCUUAUAAAACGCUCUUUUGUAUGAGAUAAAGCAUGAAAUGACCACAUGAAAUGCAGUCAGAGGUUUGACAUUUACUGAUCAAUCCUUGUGGGUCUGUAGCGUUUCGAAUUUUGGAUUAGUUCAAAGCUGAGCUUCUGAGAAGUCUUGUCGCAAUUGAUGAAAUAUAACAUUAGUAAAAUGUAGGAUUAUGCAAAUAUCAAUGAACAGCAUAUUAAUAGAUACGUGUUUCUGGACACAGUCGAUAUAUUUGUUUUGCCAAAUAAAAAUAUAAAAACAUUGCUUUGUAAUAAAUGUGAGCGGACAUUGCAUAUACAUAAAUAUUCUAGGGGAGCUUUGCUAUUAAUGUAAUGACGUUUAAGAGUUCACCUCAA